AUGACUAAACUCGGCUUCGCUCUCAUCGCUGCCUUGGCCGGCAGCGCCAUCGCCGUCCCCGCCCCAGCAGUAACCCAAGCCCCGGACGUCCACGCCUACGCCAAGCGCGCCACAUCCUGCACAUUCUCCGGCUCCGACGGCGCCUCCAAGGCCAGCAAGUCGCAGGCCGCGUGCGCCACCAUCGUCCUCAACAACGUCGCCGUCCCCAGCGGCGAGACCCUGGACCUCAGCAAGCUCAAGGACAACACCAAGGUCAUCUUCAAGGGAACCACUACCUGGGGGUACAAGGAGUGGAAGGGUCCUCUGAUGAAGAUCUCUGGAAACAAGAUUACUGUUGAGGGCUCUGGUGCUGUGCUUAAUGCUGGUGGUGAGAAGUAUUGGGAUGGAAAGGGAGGAAACAGUGGCAUUACUAAGCCCAAGUUCUUUGCGGCGCAUAAGCUUACUGACUCCAAGAUUAACAAUCUUUAUGUCAAGAACACUCCUGUUCAGGCUGUGAGCAUCAACGGUGUUAAUGGUCUUACUAUCAAUCAGUUCACUCUUGAUAACAAGGAUGGUGACUCCAAGGGCGGCCACAACACUGAUGCUUUUGACAUCGGUUCUUCCACUGGUGUUACCAUCACCGGAGCCAAGGUCUACAACCAGGAUGAUUGUGUUGCCGUCAACUCCGGAAAGAACAUCAUCUUCCAAAACGGCUACUGCCACGGCGGCCACGGUCUCUCCAUCGGCAGUGUCGGCGGCCGCGACGACAAUAUCGUCGACAACGUGCAAUUCCUAAACUCCCAAGUCGUCAACUCCGCCAACGGCAUCCGCGUCAAGACCAUGAAGAAUACCACCGGCAAGGUCAACAAGGUCACAUACUCCGACAUCACCCUCUCAGGCAUCACCAAGUACGGCAUCCUCAUCGAGCAGAACUACGACGGCGGUGAUCUCCACGGCGAGCCCACCAGCGGUCUUCCCAUCACCGGCCUCACCCUCAAGAACAUCAAGGGUAAGAAUGGUGUUUCGUCCAGCGGCAAGAAUGCUGCUAUUGUUUGUGGAAGCUCGGGCUGCAAGAACUGGACUUGGCAGAAUGUUCAGGUCACUGGUGGUAAGAAGUAUGAUAGCUGCAAAAACGUUCCCAGCGUCGCUUCUUGUUAA